CCUUUGGAAGCGAAACAUGGCGGUGGUAGCUGUGUCGCUGUUGGCGCUGCUCGCCACUUACUGCUACCGUGUGCCUUCGGUACUCGCCAUACCCGACCGGAAAGAGGGCGAGGAGGGCGAGUGGCCGAUGCGGCGCGCCUACCGGCUGGAGGACUUCCUGUGGACGGGGUCGGGCGACGGCGCGCUGCCCCCGGGCCCCGGCCAGGGGCCGGCCGCCUCCGGCGCCCACGCACCCGCCACCACCACCGUGUUCCGCACCACCACCGUGCUCACCACCGUCUUCCCCACCAGCACGCCCACGCUCGUGGUCGUCGUCGUUACCAGCUCGCCGGUAGUUAGCCCGCCAGCGACGAGCAUCCGCCCUACGCCGACGCUGGCGCCAGGCGGCCCCUCCAGCUCUGCGCCGCCGCCCCCGCCGCCUCCGCCGCCCGCGCCCACGGAGCCCGACCCCGGCUGGACGGCGGAGCAGCGCUACUGGCUGCUCACCGUGGUCAAGCAGCCCCCGGGCCGGCCGCCGCCCACGCUGCGGGAGCUGGAGGCGCGCCUCGCUCGCCUCUACCGCAUCGCCUUCGACAGGCAGCAGGAGCGGCACCUGGGCCUGGGGAACGCGUCGGCGCCGGCGCCGGCGGGUCGGCUGCGGCGGGCGCCGGCCGGGCCGGUGUCGGUGCGGCUGCUGGAGGCGGCGCCGCUGGCCGGCGACGACGCGCCGCUGCGCCUCGUGUACGCCGUCAGCGUGGGCGGCCGGCCCGUGCCCGCCGUCGCCGCCGCCUACGACAUGCGGCUGCUCUCCGACGCCGAGGUGUCCGCCGAGCUGGGCAUGCCCGUGCUCACCAAGGCAGAGCCGUUCCUGAAGCCGGCGGCGGAGCCGCUGGUGGGCGACACGUGGCUGCUGGCGGGGGCGGCGGCGGCGGCGGCGUGCCUGCUGCUGCUGUUCGCCGUGCUGCUCGCGCUCGGCAUGGGCAAGCGCAAGCGCGGCAAGCGGCGCGUCGUCAGCGACGCGCAGGCGCCCGGGGCUGGCGGCGCCGACAACAGGGCGUUCGUGGACUCGGAGGGCGCGCAGCGUACGGAGGAGCGCGCUGAGGAGAGCGGCCGCCGACGCCCCUCGCCGCGCCUGCCCGGGGUGGCGCCGCCCCCGGGUCCUCCGCCCCCAGUGGCCGCCUCCGUGCGCGAGGAGCAGACGCAGACUCCGCGGCGGCCCGCCAGUGGCUCCAGCGGCUCCAGCAGCGGCGCCUGCUCCUCUGCCAGGGCCUCGCUGGUCCGGCGCCGCGCCCAGCCCGCGCACCACCACCGCAAGCACCGCCACCACCACGACCAGCACCACCGCCGCCGGCAGGCGCAGGAGCAGCAGCAGCAGGCGGUAGAAGGAGCUGCGAAGAAGCGGCCACGCCCCGCCGCAACAAGUGUGGAGGAGCCAGAGGCGGAGGACAUGGCAGACGGCGGGGCCCGCCCAGUGGGCGACGAGGCCGCCGCAGACGUGCCGGAGGACCUGCCCGCGCAACUCGUCCGGAUCUCCAGCGCUGUCAGCCCCAACUCCUUCCUCUCCAUGCCGUCCAUUAAGGCUUUCCCCAGGGGUGCCAACAUCCCGGAGCCGCUGGCGCGCGUCCUGGAGCCGGUGAGCGUACGCCACCUGGACUGCGAUGCGAUGGGCGGUGUCGCCCCAGGGGCGGCUAGGCGCCUGGCCCGCCACGGCAGCACCGGCGGUGGCGACCCCGGCGUCGUGGGGCCGCUCGUCUGGCAGCUGCACUGCCGCCAGUUGCAGCAGCAGCAGCAGCAGCACCAGCACGGGGGCACGGAAGAAAAUACAGAUACAGAAGAAAUUCCUGAAGAAAUAACACAGCCAGAGACAGCAGGUUCAAAUGUAGGUCAUAUGAGGCGUCGUUUCCAUGAGCUGUUGGAUGAUGCUUUUAGCCUGUUUGGAAGUCGCAGUGAAAGUCCUGGACUGGAAGAUGGAACCAGCAGCCCUCCUAUGUUGCACAGAGUCCAUUCAGCAAUUGUCAGGCCAGUGGGUGGGCCACCGGGUGUAUCUGCGCAGCGGCCACACACCACGGAGCUUCGACGACCUGCAACAGCAUCUACACCUCUAACUGCAGCAGCCAGGCCACGUGGAGCUUGGGGAACAGUGGAACACUCUCCACUCUCAAGUGCAGGUCGUUCAAGGCCAUUAAGUGCUGGUCCUUUCCACCGUCCACGUUUACCAACUGCUCCAGAGGUGGACUGUGCUCUGGUACUCUGUGAUUCUCGACUUGCACCCUCUGAUCCUGCUGUACCUCUCAUUGCUGCCAUAAAGGAGGAGCUGCAGAAGUUUUCUGACAGUGCACAGCCACCUGUUACUCUUCCUGGAAGCACUUCAUCUAAAACGUAGCCCAAGGAUCCUAGUACAUGAUGCAUAGUCAAAGAGCAAAGAAUUUCACGGUCGUAUUUCUUCAUGAGCCUGUUGCUACAACUGAAAUUGUUACAUUUGAACUAACAUAAUUUAAAUACCACUUGAUGGGAAUGACAUAUGCUAGCCAAAUACAGAGACAAUGGAUAUCAUACAUGAACUCAGUUGGCCCAUCUAAAAUAAUUUUACAGCAUGAAUAUUGCAGAGUAAAGAUGAGAAGAUGGUAUGUUUAUAAGUAUGGUAUAUAACUGAAGCACACUUAUUAAUUUCAUCCCACAUAUCAGAUUUGAUAGGUAAACUUGAAAGGCCUUACAAUUUAAACACCCUCAGAUGCUGCAGUAAUGCAGGCAGUUGCCAAAUGUAAACAGAUAAAUCUUGUAUAUUGUUCUGACUUACGUUAGUUAGUUUCAGUGUAGCUAGUAUAUUAUUAUUAUGUCUCUUCAAAUGUUUAGUAAUGUUGAUGAUCUUGCUUUCAUAGACAAAGAGGCAUAUUAGGUUUUUGAGGUACAGUUGGUAUGGAACUGUUGUUCAAGAUAUGGUAUAAAAUAUGGACCAAAAGUAAAUUAUGACAAAAUAAAGUAUAAGGCACAAAAAUUAUUUUAUACGGUUCCAUAAAUAUUCUUUUUUUCACUUUUUGCCAUAGAUCCCCUCACACUUCUUACUUCAUAGCCUUGGUUCACAGCAUUCAUAACUAAAGGAAUAUCCUUUAUUUCACAUAUUUUUACAAUUCUUCAUAAUAUACAAAUAAUGUAAGCAAUUGAAAGUAAUUUUUGUUAGACAAGUUAACAGUUAGAGCACUGUCACAUUUAGAGUGAGCCAAGCAACAGAGGCCAAGAUUUUUUCUGUGUGUUUCAGCAGAAAUACAAGACUGUGUCUUGUCAUGAAGCAAAACAAUUACACCAAACUUUCAGACGUGCUAUCUGUUAUACAAUGUAGGCUUAAAUAUACUGUUGUUACUUGAAAAAAUAAGGCAAGUGUCUAUGAAGAAGGUAAAACUAAAUGCAUGAUUUUUUAUUACUGCAGUUGAUUCUCAUUGAUAAAAUUUAUUAAUAAACCAGAAUAAUUGGCAAAAGAUACACAUAUUGUCUCGAUUUUAGGCCAUUACACCAGAGAGUUGACUCAGAGCCUCUUUGGAAAGACUCAAAUCCCAUACCUCAGCAUUACUUUCAAUAUAGCUGGAAUUUCAAUAAAAAUGACAACUUCUAGCUAAUCUACUGUAUAUUGUAGACUGCAUUUUAUAGACUUUUUCAUUUAGAAGUUAUAUAAACAAUGUAUUUGUUGAAGUCAGAUAUUAAUAAGGAUUACCAAAAUACGUCAUUAUAUGUUGGGAAACUAUUUACUGAACAACCUUUAUCAAACAACCUUUGUUACAGCUCUUGUGAUGUGGGCUUUGGCUGUAUCUUCCUAGAGCCACAGCCUUAAAAAGCAUGAACAUAAAAAAAUUGUAACACACAUGUCACCAUUACUGCAGCUGCUCUUACUUCUUCAAAAAAGUAAGAACUAGCAAUUCCUGAUUUCAAAACAGCACACCAACCUACAAUCUUAUUACUGUGAAGAGGCCUGUGCUACAACUCAUAUAAUUUUUCUACAGACUAAAAUGAGAAAUUUCUUUUUUCACUGUAUCAUAAGUGUGGGUUUCUCCAUGGUGUUCAAAACAGCACACAAGCAAAAACUGAAAUUUGAAACAUCCACUCACGAAUAAGUUGUGUCCAAUAAAUCUACAUUCAAGUUGCAUUCAAACAGUCAUUAUUUUGUGCAGGUAAAAACCAACUCUCUUUCAAGAGCAUGGUGCAACAAGCAGCAAGAGAGGGUCAUAGUUGGAACAACAAAGGAUGAAUAAAUAAAUAAAUAAAUUAGAUCUACUGUAGUGCCAGAGGCUCUCGCUUCUCAACCUUUUAACAUUUUGUAGAUUCCAAAUGAGGCUUUGCUCUUUAUGGUUGAUCCAGUUAAGGGAAAUAAUCCACUCACUGUUUGAGUAUUUUGUUACAAUCAGAGACUGCCCCAAUAUACCCAACAUAAUCAUCAAUAGACAAUGUGUUGCACAGUAAUAGUUGAAUCCCUAAUGUGAAAAAACUGCCCCUAACAAAAAUGCGAAAUUAAUUUUUAAGUAUGUUUGGGCUACAAAUAUGAACACACUGAACUCUUCACAUGGAGUUGGAAGUUGAAUUAGUUAGUCAGUGUCCUUCUUCCAGGUAUCAUCCACUUCAGAAACAUACCUACCUUAUACACCAUAAUGUAUGAUAAUAUUAUGUUAUUACAUGAGAUUGCUGAACUUCCAGUUAGAAACUAAACUUCCAAACUUCCAUGAUAACUGUAUUACACCAUUUUCUAGUAGCUACUCUCCAGAUUUUAUCUUGGAGUAAAUGACUUUAAACAAAUUAAAAACAUCUUGCACAUCAGACCUAUGAUUGCAAUUAUGGUAAGUCAAGAUGUGAACACUGGGUCUCUUUGUGUGGAAGAUUGGGGUGAUACACUGUUCCCACAAUUCCACAUUGUACCAUAUGUUGAGAAUGCAGUUCAUUCUUUAACAGUAUCACUGUACACCAUGUGUCUGAGACCAAGUAAAUAUUGUACAUAAUCAUCUUCAAUUCAUGAAUGAAUCCCACAGCUACAAAAUGUAAUGAACAGUGUUAUAAGCUGAUGUCAAUUUUCUUUGAAUAGCUUUUGUGUUUUGAAGUUACGUGGAUACAUUUUACAACAUGUUUCUGUGUAGAUCAGAAAAAUGGAAAUGCAUAUUACUCUACUGCAGCCUACAUCCCAAAAUGCUUACCACAUACCUACUGGUAGUGCUUCAGUUUCAUUUACAUUCAUUUAUCAGCAAAAAGUAUGCUUCAAUGAAUAUCUGUAUCUACAUAUUUUCUAUAGCUCAUGGUAAAGCAGAUCAACAUGUCAGCAAUUUCAUGUGGUUUUUUCUUUGUCUUUAGAAAUUUUACUUGGUGUGAAGCAUUAUUCAGUUCAUAAUGUUCCCAAUAAAUACAGGUGCUCUAGCACAGACAGUUUAAAAAUAAUAAUGCCUGUAAUUUUUGUAUCUGCUCAAUAUACAAUUAAAAAUAUGUGUUCGAUAUAUUUUCUUCAUGUUGUUUGAAUAGACACACAAUGUACUGUGUCUGCAGUGAGUAUUUUGCACUGCAAGUUUUUACAAACUACUAAAAAAGUUGAGACACUGGUAAUAAUAGAGAAGUCAACAGUGUGAGAAGACAGAAGGCCAAGAUUAGACAAAAAUCUUUUACACUCUGUUUCUGAAUGAAUGAAACCCUAGUUCUUCUCACUUGCACUUGUGACACUUGUCAGUUUUAACACUAGUUUGCAAACUUUAAAAAGAAUCCAUCUUAAAAGAAACUAUAGUUUUGUUUUAGAGAUGAUUUCGUUUGCAGAUGUUUAGUAUCUCAUCUAUUACAAUAGCAGAUUUAAAAUUAAAUUUCAGUUUCUUCAAGAUGUUUGUGAGUGAGGUGGAUGUUAAGGAACAACAGCUGCAAAUUAUAAGAAGAAUGAAAUAUUAUUUCUUUCUAUCUUUUCUCCAUCUUUCCUACUUCUCUGUCAUCUCCAGUUUGGAGCAAGGCUAUAUUUACAAUAAUCUUGAUUUUAUGUAUGGAACCUGAAAGGAAUGAUACCCAUGUGUGUGUGUGUGUGUGUGUGUGUGUGUGUGUGUGUGUGUGUUUGUUUGUUUGUUUGUUUGUUUGUUUGUUUGUUUGUUUUCAUAGAAAGAAGGGAGAUCUAUUAAGUGUACCUAUGUGCCUGCACAUCAUCUAUGUGCGUAAGUCUGUCCUCAUUUUUUGUUUAUUUGUUUGUUGUUUUCAUCCUGGAAUUUCCAAUAUCACAAGACCAUCUAUAAUCAAUAAAUUUAGCCGACAAAAAAGCUGAGGUAAACAAUCAGAAAUACAUAUUUUUAUGUAAUGGUACUGUGCGAUAGAUAGGAUGCCAGGAAUAGGCUACAUUUUGCUGCAGCACUGCAGGAUUCAUUAUCUAUUGUAAAAUGAAAAGUUUGAAAACUGCAUAUUGUUUUGAAUAAUUUACUUGUCACUGAGAAACAUAUGGAAGUGACAGUAUAACAGUUUCCUGGUAAUGGAUGGUACUAGAUCAUUUCUAUCAAAAGUGCCAGAAGCCACUGCAUUAUCACUUUUACAUAUCGUCAUAGCUAGUUCAAUAACGGCUUCCAAUGAUUCAGCUAUAAUAUUUCAUAAGUAGUAUUGUUUUGUCAAAUUGUGAAUAAGUGGUAGAAUAACUGUUUAUUGAACAUAUCAAUGAAAAUAGUCAAUUUUUGAAAAUGUAGUGUAACUGGAUAAAUAAAAA